UCCCUUUUGAGACAAUCCCCCCCCAUGUGCUUGACCUAGACGAGAGAGCCUUCUCGGCCCCAUCUCUACAAGCGUGAUCACUUUUGUUUGAAACCAGCAUGGGCGUCGUGCGCAGACCCGAGCAUCACCAUGGCCAAUUCGCCGAUUCGAAAAGGGGUGACUCCCAUACUCAAAUCGAGUCUUGUUGGCCAAGUUAUGCCGAGAAACGCGGCGGCGAGAUGCCAGGCUGGGUUCAGUUGGACCGGGAUCAAGCGUAUCUCGCGGUGAUCCGGGAUGUUGCUGCAACAGUCAGCUGCGCGCUGCGCAAUGAGAGCUAUGUAACGGUCAAGGGUACGAAAUCAUCUUUGAAGGCCUUCUACGUGUCGAACGCCGCAUUGGAAGUCGAUAUACGAGGCACUUCUGAAUAUGAAGGCUAUGAUGACGUACCCCCACCUUCCUACGACGAGGCUGUGACCGACCUUCCCCCAGACUACUCUACUCUUGCCCCAUUCGCUCAUCGGAAAGACAUGACCACCCAUGACUCGGCCCCAGUACGGAGAACCGCGGGCGCGAAGGAGAAGACGCAAUCGCGCGCGAUAGAUUUUGAGGACAUUUCCGGUAUCCGAGAACACAAAGGGGGGAAGAAGAAGAAAAAGACCACGCCACAGUCCCAACCGGAGAAGACCCCACCGCCAGCCGAGGGCAGUGAUAAGCAAGACGAGGGCGGAGGUGACGAUCAGAAUGGCGACAAUUCUGGCAACGACGGCGGCGGCGAUGCUGGAGAUGGAAGCAAUGGCGGAGAUGAGAAUGCGGGUGGAGACGGCGGGGAUGGAGAUGGCGGGAAUAACGAAGAGGAAGACGAUUGGGGCGCCUGGGCCCCCACAACGAAAAAGAGUAAGAAAAAGAAGAAGCAGGAGGAAGAAGAACGUCUCAGGAAGGAAGAGGAGGAGAAAGCAGCCAAGGAAGAAGAAGAACGAUUAGCGAAAGAGGAAGAGGAGAGACUGGCCAAGGAAGAGGAGGAGCAGAAAGCUAAAGAGGAAGAGGAGAAAAAAGCAGCCGAAGAGGCCGCUGCCACUACCAAUAACCUCAGCUGGGCGGACGAUGUGGAUGGAGGGAAUGACGAUGACUGGGGUGGGUUCACAACCGCGGGAAAGAAGAAGAAAAAGAAAGGCAAGGCCGCCGACCUUAUCUCUGAGUCUGUUCCCGAGCCAGCAACAAAUGGUUUCCAGGAGGUGAGCCUGAGUGACAAUGUGCCGCAAUUGGACUUAGGUCUGCCUCCCCCCGCCGGAGAUGUCGAUUUCGGCUUCGGCGGCGGCUGGGGCAAAGACUGGGGUUCGACAGGCAAUAAAUGGGGUCUUGAUUCGUUGAACAAACCCGACAAGGCGAAGGAGGACAACCCUUGGUCUUUUGGGUCGAAGACGACCACUAGUGUUGGGUUUGGCUUUGGCGGUAUCGACGAACCCGUCAGCAACAGCACCGAUAACGCCAACGCUGCUGUCAGUGGGGAGGAGACCAAGGCCGAGGACGAUCUCUGGGGCGGCUUCACCUUGAGCAAGAAGGACAAUAAGAAAAAGAAGAAGGACGCCGAGGAGGAGCCCCCCAAAGAACCGGAGCCAGAACCCGUCCAAGAGCCUGAAACUGUGCCAGAACCUGAGCCAAAUCCGGAGCCGGAGAAGCUCCCAGAGAUCGCUGAUGAUGACUGGGGCUGGGGCGCACAGCUCUCGAAGAAGGACAAAAAGAAGAAGAAGAAAGAGGCCGCCCCGAUUGAGGAAGCAGCAUCUGCAGAUCUCACUGCGCCUGAGCCACCGGCAGCGGCUGAUCCCGCCCCGCCAGAGGACGACUGGAAUAAUUGGACUUCUACCACGAAGAAGAAGGACAAGAAGGCCAAGAAGAAUGCUAUUCUGGAAGAGCCCAUUGUGGAGGAGCCAGCUCUGGAGCCUCCAGCUGAGCCAGAGCCGGUGCCUGUUGAAGAGAAGAAAGAAGAGGAUGAUUGGGGAGCCUGGGGCUUGUCAAAGAAGGAUAAGAAAAAGAAGAAGGGCAAGGCUGCAGAGCCCGAGCCCGAGCCCGAACCAGUGAAAGAGCCUGAACCUGAACCUGAACCUGAACCUGAACCUGAACCUGAACCUGAACCUGAACCUGAGCCAGAGCCUGAGCCUGAACCCGAGCCAGUACUCGAGCCCGAGCCUGAACCUGAGCCCGAGGCGCCAGCCAUACCGGACAGCCCUCUCUACGAUAACUGGGAGAACCUAAACUCUAAGGACCGGAAGAAGAGAGAGAAACAGUUGGUCAAGAAAGGGCUUCCUAUUCCUGGCAAAGACUUCGAAUGGCCACCACCUCCGAAAGCUGAACCGGAGCCGGAGCCGGAGCCAGAACCAGAGCCCGUGCAAGAGUCGGUGCAAGAGCCGGAACCUGAGCCUGUACCUGAGCCUGUAGAGCCAGCGCCAGAACCUGAGCCCGAGCCAGUGCUCGAGGCCGAACCCGAACCCGAACCUGAGCCGGUACUUGAACCUGAGCCCGAACCAGAACCAGAACCAGAGCCUCCGGCUAUCCCAGAUAAUCCGUUGUACGACAACUGGGAUAAGUUGAAUUCCAAGGAGCGAAAGAAGAGAGAAAAGCAGCUGGCUAAGAAAGGACUGCCUGUCCCGGGCAAAGACUUUGACUGGCCGCCCCCUCCACCACCUAAACCUGAAGAACCCGCCCCGGAGCCAGAAACGGUUCCUGAACCCGCCCCGGAACCAGUGAAAGAACCAGAGCCCGAACCAGAGCCUGUUGUGGAACCGGAGCCCGAGCCAGUAACAGUACCCGAACCGGCACCUGAGCCUAUACCAGAAGUAGCUCCCGAACCUAUACAAGCCGAACAGGUCUACGAGGAAGAAAGCUGGGGUAUCUGUAGUUCUGCGAAGGACAAGAAAAACAAGAAAGGCAGCAAAAUUGCAGUGGAACCACCACCGCCUGCACCUACUCCUCCUUCUCUGGGGUUCACACACGAGCCAGAAGGUUAUGUGCCUACAGAGCAUGUGCCAGUGGAGCCUCUCUGGGACGACUAUGAUGCCAAGCCUUCCAAGGGUGCUAACAAGGGGUUCGGGGUUGAGGAGACGCCAAAGGCUUCAAUGGGAUUCUGGGCGACUCUUGGAGCAGCUACGAUGGGUAAGCCGAAGGCGACGAAGAAAAAGUCCGCUGAGAAAGCCAAACCCAUCGAGCUUGAGCCUAAGCCUGAGCCGGAGAGCAAGCCUGCUGACGAUGACUUAUUAAUCGACAUUGACGAUGCACCCCAGAUGCCAGAAGCGCCCGAAGCGCCCGAGGCGCCAAUGCCACCAGUUGUCGAGGAACAAGCCGCCCCGCCAACAAAGACUCCUGUUGUCACCUCCAAGACCAAGUCAUCAGCCAAGCUGUCCCUAGCUGAGCGCAUCAAGGCUCUGGAGCAGGCAAAGAAGGAUAAAUUGAAGGACAAAGCUGGGAAGACCAAGGCGAAGGAAGUCGUGCUGCCUCCAGCAGAGGAAGUCGUUGAGGAAGUUCUUCCCCAGGAAGAAACUCCUGUGGAGAUUGAGCCUGAGCCAUAUCGACCGAGAAAGAGUCCGCGUGAUUUAGUACCUGGAAGCUUUCCUGACGCGUUUGACGACGAGUACGACGAUAUACCCCCUCCUCCCGUUCCGGAACCCCCCACCCAGGAGCCUGAGCCUGAGCCUGAACCUAUUCCUGAACCGGUGCAACUAGAACCGGAGCCAGUGGCAGAGCCAGUAACGUUGUCGAAGAAGGCUAAGAAAAAGGAAAAGAAGAAGGCAAAGGUAGUCGAGCCAGAGCCAGCGCCGGUGCCCGUCCCUGAUCCCAUCCCGGAACCAGCCGCAGAACCCGAGCCCGAACCCGCUCCAGCCCCAAUACCUGAUCCAGAGCCCGUGAUAGAGCCCGAACCCGAACCCGAGCCUGUUCCCGUGCCUUCUUCAAAAACAGAGAAGAAGAAAAAGAAGAAGGCCAUCGAGCCGGAGCCGGAGCCUGUCCUUGACCCUGUUGCGGAGGAACCCCCGGCCCCUGCUCUGGAGCCCGAAGCAGAGCUCGAGAUCCAGCAAGAGCGCGAGCUGCAGCCAGAAAUCGAGGCGGUGCCUGUCCCAGAACCUGAAAAGCCGAAGAAGAGGAGCAAGAAAGUACCCAGCCUUGAGCAGGCUGCCCUUCCAGUGGAUCCUCCACUGGCCGAUGUAGGUAACGGUGGACCUCCGACGCCUCCCCCGGAGCCUAUCGAGACCCAGCCGGAGAAGAUGGCCCCGAAAGAGCGAGCCCGCGUGGAGCGCACGUCUGGUGCUGCGUCAUGGGGAUUCUGGGCUGCGACUCCCAAUUCCAAGAGACCGCCCCCGAGGGAGUCUAGACAUAGGGGUGAGCAGGAGCAGUCCCCACCGCUCAUGGUGCGCUCGAAAUCCACCAGACAUUCCAGGUCCAAGGAGGAGCCGGAGAACGAGGCCGACAAGUCGUCUACUUCUGACAGGGAUCGCCGACGCAGAGAAGCUCGACAAAGCCGAGACAACCACCGAGACAUACCGGAUAAGGCUGCCAGGAUGAUGGGUACGAACGGCUCCUCGAGACGAGAACGGCCUCAUGGCUCUCGGAGAAGAUCAGUGCCUGAUCCGUAUGCUAUUGAAGAGGACGAUAUGGUCAUGGUGGACCGAGAUGACCUCGACGCUUCUGCACCCAGAGAGGGUGGCUCAAGAGGAUCUCGGCACUCUGAUAGACGGUCUCGACACAAGUCGAGAUCUCGACAUGACGAAUUGGACGACGCUGCCAUUAUGGACGAGAAACAUCAUCAAGGUCCCGAGGUGUACUCUGGACCCGAUGAUAUCGCGUUUGUCGAAGCCCCAAGGGAGCGACGGCUCAGACGAUCAAACACGACCCCAAGGAAGCCAGAGCCUGGACCUAGUGGUCUUAAGGGCCUAAUAGGGUCUUUGCGGCGAUCGACUCGACCCGACAUCGCAGAACGCCAUAGGCCUCGAUCUUAUCGCGACGAUGAUGCUAGGUACAUGACCGAGCCGGAGCGAGACGAAUUGCGUCGAAUGAGACACGAGAGCAGGAGAAGACGGACUGAGAUGCCGGAUAUGGACGGCGAAGGCUUCCUGACAGAUGCGCAUCCGGCGGAAGCGUUCCCGGAAACAGACGCCGAGGAGGCAGAAGCACGGCGAGCGGCGCGCAGAGCUCGACGCGCCGCGCGACAACAGGCCGCGUCGGAUCAGCUCCGCGAAAGCGAAUGGCGGGAGGCGGAGGAGAGGCGGGCUCGGCGCAGAGAGCGAGAAUUGGCACGGGAGCGGGAGAUGCAAGAGAGACAGCUGCGCGAGGAGGAGGAGAGGGAAGCCGAACGGCGACGCGAGGAGCGCCGCGCGCGCCGGGCUGCCCGUGAGGAGCGGGAGCGGCGUGCCCGAGAAGAGGAAGAGGCCCGCGAGGCGGCCGAAGCUAGGGCUGCGCAGCGGCGCGAGCGGCGACGGCAGCGCGAGGCGGAGAUGUACGAGGCGGCGCCCGCGCCCCCCACAUACGACUCCCGGUCCAAGCGCCGGACCAUGCACGUCGAUGAUCGGGCUGCCCAAGACUUCUAUUUCGGUGGCAUGAUGGACGCCGACCGAGCUCCUCAUCAUCAUCCUCAGGAACGAUCUGCAAAUGGCGAACGGUCGAGACGUCGCAAGUCCAGGGCCCCUCCGCCUGAUGCGGAGAGAUUCCGGCCGAUGAUGGCUGGUGGCCGCAAGGAUAAGACCUCAUCCUGGAUCGACUCUCAAGCGGAUGAUCCGCCUGAACCGCCGCCGGUCAUGGCCACGGUUGUCGACAUGCCUGCAGGCCCGGAAGAGGCAGCGAAUGGUGGCUCGAUCUCCUCGGACGAAGACGCACGCCGUGAACUGCGCCGCCGCGCUCGCCGCCGAGCCCGAUACCCGGGGCUCACGGAUCAGGAGAUCGACGAGCUCCGCGCCAGGAAACGCGAGGUUCGACGCUCCGAACGGAGCUCAGGCAGUGGAGACUACGAACGAGUCCGUGGGAUGAGGUCGCCGUAUGAAACUCGCUACGAUGAGCGUUACGCGCCGCCGCCGGUCAGCAAUGGCCGAAUGCCCAACUGGUUCCGCAAAUUGACCAAUCUGGGUUAAUGCCAAUGGCAAGAGGGGUGCAUGCAGUUCCUCAGCACGUUUAUACGAAAGUCCAAGAAUGGUGUUUUUGGAGUGGCGCUCUUUCUUUAUGAACUAUGAACAAUGAUGAAACGACCGACCAACGAAAACUGAACUUGGAAGAUAUCCUGAUUGAUGAUAAGUGAUUGGUUAUGUUACUUGGAUGCGACUUUGUAUCCAAUUGGACGAUAUUAGAUGAUUGCCUUUGAAAAAUUGAUGAUGUACGAUUACCAUGGAAUGUCUGUUUCUUUCUCUCUUAUCAAAUGACAAACCUUGAUUAAGACAGCCGAUCUAUCUAU